AUGGUUACCGUUCAUCGAAACGGUCUUACUCUGCUCGGAAAGGACGUGGCAAGGAGCGACCCGCCACGAUGGAAAGUUCUGCUGACGGUCCCAAGCAUCAUCUUCAUCCACGGUCUUCGGGGCCAUCCACAGAAUACGUGGGGCCGAGGCUCUGACGAAGGCCGGGAUACCGAGCGGGAUCCUCCUCCCAAACCUACAUCGAGACUCAAAACUUUCUUCAAGCGCGACAAGUCCCGACUCCGAUCCGAUCGAUCCAGUCCUGGGCCAAGCAGCCCACAGCCCCGUCCCUUUUGGCCACACGAGUUCAUGCCCCACGAUAUCCCCGAAGCCAUGGUAUGGACGUACGGAUACAAUUCGCAAGUAAUAAGUGGUCUUUUCACGCCAAACAAUGAAAAUAGUGUAUUCCAGCACGGCCGGGACCUUGCUGGGCGGUUUGAGCGGGAAAUAAACAACGAGGCCAUACGAAAGUCGCAAGUAUGCCGAUCGAGGACCAAGCUCAUCGUCUUUCUCGGCACUCCGCAUCGUGGGAGUCGUGCUGCUGGCUGGGGCGUGACCGCAGCCAAGGUGGCGCGCCUUGCCUAUUCUCCGAACAUAAAGCUCGUGGAGGCCCUCGACGUAAACAGUCUUGCGCUUGAUACGAUACAUGAAGAAUUCAUAAAUAUUGUGCAUGAUUCACAGCUACAAAUUCAUUCGUUCCAGGAGGGGCGGCCCAUGUCGACAAUUCCAGGACAUGUUGAGAAGAUUGUUGACGAUUUCUCAUCAAGACUUGGCCUGCCCCAAGCUUUCGAGAAGGUCGAGACGCUCGAUGCUGACCAUAAACAAAUGGUCAAGUGCACAGGCAGGGAAGAUGACCGCUAUCGAACUAUUCGUACUGUUAUACAGCAUUUCAUCCACCGUCCACCGGUAGAGGCAAGCUCGGCUGCAAGAAUCACCAAUACUGCAGCCUCUCGUUCUUUAGAAGCCAGGGCAGAAAUAAGACGUGACGACAUUCUAUCUAAGAUCUCAACAACCCUAUUCACCAACAACGGAUACAACAGAGUUGCCCUGGUCGGUCUGGGGGGCAUCGGUAAAUCGCAGAUCGCGAUCCAAUUUGCGUUCUGGGUCGAAGAGAACAAGCCCGAAGUUUCGGUUUUUUGGCUUUCGGCGCUGAGCAAAGCCAGCUUUGAGCAAUCUUGCCGGGAAAUCAUGACACAAUGCGACAUUAAUCAAUCUUCUGCGACUGAUGAUGCCACGACAGUAGUGCAGCAAUACCUAAGCUCCAAAGCUUCUGGGAAAUGGGUUCUUAUUCUGGACAACGUGGACGAUGCGCAAAUCCUUGGACAACCUAUACAUUACUUCCUUCCCAAAAGCAGGGACGGAUUGAUGCUAUUUACGACACGAUCUCAAGAGAUUGCCAGUGACCUUGCUCUCAGCGAGGUCAUCAGAAUCCCUGAGAUGUCCCCGGUGGAGGCGAAAGGGUUUCUAGAAAAGUCUCUCCAGAAGAAGGACUUAAUUGAAGAUGAAACCGCCACGGGAGCCCUCUUACAAGCACUCACUUAUUUGCCUCUCGCAAUUACUCAAGCCGCAGCAUACAUCAACAAGAAUAGUGCUUCAAUUGCUCAAUAUCUUGACUUGCUCAGCCAGGCUGAUGAGAACAUGGUUGAGCUGCUCAGCAGUGAGUUUCGGGAUGAGACAAGACACCCUGAAAGCGCAAAUGCUGUGGUUGCGUCCUGGCUCGUAUCUUUCAAUCAAAUCAGCGAGACUGACCCAAUCGCGACCAGAUUACUCUUAUUCCUAGCCUGGAUCGAGCCAAAGGCAAUCCCUAAAUCCAUAUUUCCAGAGGAGUCUGAGAUCGAGCUAUACCGAGCUAUUGGGAUACUUCUGGGAUAUGGAUUCUUGUCCCAACGAAAGGAGGAGGGUAUAUAUGACAUGCACAGCCUUGUUCACUUAGUGACUCGAACGUGGAACAGCAGCCGCGGGGGAAAUCAGUAUACUUUAAGAGAAGCAAUGUCACAAAUGAUCAUGGUCUUCCCAUUUAUCAACUGGGAGACUCGUGAGGUGUGGAGGCAAUAUCUUCCUCAUGCGUUACGGGCUCUGCAAAAUGCUGCUACGCUCGACGAUGAAGGGUCCCGCUUAGGUGACCUAGCUGGCAAGUCCCUUUAUCAAGAUAAGCGCGGUCGAGAAGCAGUUGAAGUGCUUGAGCGUGUGUUACAAUUCCGGAAUGAAGCUCUCGCAGAGGACGACCUAGACCGCUUAUCAUCACAACAUGUACUCGCAUGUGCUUACAAAGAUGAUGGGCAGAUAAAAGAGGCAAUUCAUCUACUAGAGAAGGUAGUUUUUAUUAAAUCAAACCUUCUUGCAGAGGACAGCCUAAACCGCCUGACAUCACAACUUGCACUAGCGAUUGCUUAUAGAAAUAAUGGGCAGGUAAAAGAAGCAAUUAGUCUAUUAGAGAAGGUGGUCUCAAUCCGGUCAAAUCUUGCAGAGGACGACCCAGACCGCCUGGCAUCACAACAUGAACUCGCAUGCGCUUAUAAAGAUAACGGGCAGGUAAAGGAGGCAAUUACCCUACUGGAGAAGGUGGUCUCAAUCCGGUCAAACCUUGCAGAGGACCAUCCAGACCGCUUGGCAUCGCAGCAUACACUCGCAUGUGCUUAUAGUGAUGAUGGGCAUAUGAAAGAGGCAGUUGGUCUGCUGGAGAAGGUGGUCUCAAGCCAGUUAAAUCUUGCAGAGGACCACCCAUCCCGCUUGGCAUCGCAGCAUGCACUCGCAUGUGCUUACAGUGAUAAUGGGCAGAUUAAAGAGGCAGUUAGUCUGCUGGAGGAGGUGGUUUCUAUCGAAUCAGGUCUUCUUUCAGAUGACGACCCAGACCGCUUAGUAUCACAGCAUGCACUCGCAUGUGCUUACAGUGAUAAUGGGCAGAUUAAAGAGGCAGUUAGUCUGCUGGAGAAGGUGGUUUCUAUUGAAUCAGGUCUUCUUGCAGUUGGCCACCCAGACCGCUUAGUAUCACAGCAUGCACUGGCACGUGCUUACGGAGAUGAUGGGCGAAUCGAAGAUGCGAUCAAGCUCUUGGAGCAAGUGGUCUCGAUAAGGCAGAUAACACUUCCAGAGGGCCACCCAAAACGACUCGCUUCGGAAGGAGAACUGAAGUCUUUACAUCAGGCCUAUCAUCAAUAA